UUGAACUCAUGCCAUUUCAUUGCUCAUAGAGAAUGUGGAAGAUAUUGAUCUUUCUAUGUUUAAUUUACGUCAAUUAUGCUUCAGACACGCCGGUUAUUGGGAUUCUUUCCCAGGAGAUGUACAUUGUGGCUAAAUAUUUUCCUGGAGAGCAUUAUGAGAGUUUCAUUGCCGCAUCUUAUGUGAAGUUUUUGGAAAGUGCUGGGGCAAAAGUUGUACCUGUAUGGGAAUAUUGUUUCCUGGCGGUGGAACGUACUUCAACGAAACUGGCGGUUACGGGCAAUCCGCAAAAACAAUUUACCACUUAGCUAUGAAGAACAAUGACCGGAAUAUCUACUAUCCCCUUUGGGGAAUCUGUAUGGGAUUUCAAGUGCUGAUAUUUGCACAAAAAGGUAUAGAUCUUAGAACCGACUGUUCUUUGAAAAAGGUAGCCCUGCCUUUGGACUUUACAGAAGGAUAUGAGAGCAGCGACCUAUUUUCGAAAGCACCAAGAGAAAUACUCAGAAUCCUUGGAACGAAAAAUGUGACCUACAAUCAGCAUCAAUACUGCUUAACGGAAGAGGUUUUGAAUAAUAACGGGGUCUUGAGAGACUGGAACAUCCUAUCAACGAAUCGGGACGCCUCUAAUGUGGAAUUCAUAUCGACGAUGGAGAAUAGAAAAUAUCCAUUUUAUGGGGUUCAGUACCAUCCGGAAAAGAAUAUUUUCGAAUUUAAAGAUGGCGUUGGAAUCCCUCACACGAUAGAGGCAGUGCAAGUUUCCCAAUUUUUCGCAAACUUUUUCGUGAAUAAGUGUAGGAAAAACAAUAACACUUUUCCUGAUGAACAAACAGAGAUGAACAGUCUCAUUUACAAUUAUAAUCCUGUGUAUACGGCUCCAAGAAAAUCUUCUUACCAGCAGAUAUAUGUUUUUACCAAAGAUGAUUAUGAAAAAUCUCCUUUAGUCUGAUAUUGUGAUAUUUGAUGUGGCGCGUUUAGAGUAGAUCAAAGAAUCGAACAGAUUUUAAACAGUAGACAUUUUUCUCCCAAUAUUAUAUAGGUAUUAAAUUCUGUUUGUAGUGAUUCAAUAAAACAAAAGUACCUUUA